GUUUUGUUUACAUUUGGAACUGUUAAUUUAACCGGACUAUUGGAUCUUAAAAGUAUAUCAAGAAUGUUUGAAGAAUUUGAAAAAUAUGGCAAUUGUUUGUUUAAAGUUCGUUUGCAUAGAUUUGUUCCAGAAAAUUAUAAUGACAACAUUAUUAAAGUGACGGAUGAAAUGCUUCCACAGAAAGAGAUUUUAUGUAAAAUAUAUUUAUUAAUUCUUAUAAUUUGGAAAAUUGAUCUUGUUCAAAAUAUCGGAUCAAGAUGA